CCCUACUAAUGGAGAAAGUCUUCACUUCAUUUCUUUUGUUGUUUCACUUGGUUGUGGCUAGUUUAGCCAUGACUCAUGCAAACAUUUCUACUGAUCAAUCAGCUCUUCUUUCAUUAAAAUCUCAAAUCAUUUCAGACCCCUUUCACUUGUUGGAUGAAAGUUGGUCUCCAGCUACUUCUGUUUGUCAUUGGAUUGGAGUCACUUGUGGUUCUCGCCACCAGAGAGUGACAUCACUGAAUAUUUCCAACAUGGGUCUCACAGGCAGAAUUUCCCCUGAUUUUGGAAAUCUCACAUUUCUUGUUUCUCUUGACCUGAGUAGCAACAAUUUCUAUGGCAAUUUGCCUCAAGAAAUGGCACAUCUGCGUCGAUUAAGGUUUCUUAAUUUUGGUGUUAAUAACUUCAGCGGGAAGGCUCCGUCAUGGUUUGGGGUCUUAAACCAACUUCAAGUUCUGACUCUAAGGAAUAAUAGUUUCAAUGGUGUCAUCCCUUCGCUAUUUUCUAAUAUUUCCACGCUUCAAACUUUAGAUUUGAGAUUCAAUUCCUUAGGGGGCCAGAUCCCAAAAGAGAUUGGAAAACUUCAAAACCUAAAAAAACUGUACAUAGAAUCUAAUGAACUUACAGGUUCUAUACCAUUCUCGAUCUUCAACAUUUCUGGAAUUGAAGUCAUUGCAUUUACAAAUAAUACCUUAUCAGGAAAUCUUCCUGCUGAUAUGUGUGAUUAUCUUCCAAUGCUUAGAGACCUUCACCUAAGUAUAAACGAGCUACGUGGUCAUAUGCCUAUAAGCUUGCCAAAUUGUUCGAAACUUUAAAUAUUGGCUUUAGCUAUGAACGA